AUGGCUUCCCCGACGCCAGGAACGUGGCGAUUCCUGCCACUGCCAGCGUCGUCCGGUAUCCCCGUGCUUUUGGUGUCUGUCGAGAUGGGUCUAUCGAAUUAUGCGAUCUGUGUCAGUGACAUGGCAAACAUAUGGGAAGAAAACUUGGAUAGGAAGGCUAUUUGUAUGAGGGGUUGGAGUGAGAACACUAGCAUCGAUCCUAGUGAUACAGCGGAGAACAUGAGCAGAUUCCUCUCUUGUCUGAAGACUGCGCUGGAUCCAACGCAGGCGGGACAUGGCGAGACGAGCCUUUCGCUCGCACCGGCGACCUCUUCCGAUGCAGGAGAGGAUGGUAUUACUUUAAGGAUAACGUGUCCCCUUCCAGGAUUCGAAUCGCUAAAAUGGCCAGUACACCUACGAAAGCAGCCUCCAUCCACUGUCGCAACCGCUUUGGUCUUACCAAUGAUUCAGGCACAUUUUGAAAGAAAACAAGAGAUACAGUCAUUGAUACAAAUGAUUACAGACAGGGACUCUGUUGUAACCAAGCUGUCAGACAAACUAGAAGCAAUGGGGACAGGACUGGAACAUGUGUUUACAUCCUUAUCUGGCCGAAAAAAGGUUACACGGGCUGCCGCUGAGGAUCGGGUCAAGGGCCUAAAACCAUUCAACGAGCGGAGGUGGAAGAAGGAGCUUGACUCAGACAAUGCCGCCCCAAGCUCUGUGAAUGAACUUUUACAGCACGUGUUCGGUGACACUGGAUUGUAUUGUCGGUCUACAGUGGACGUGGACGUGUCUCCUGAGCUUGACAGAUGGUGGCAUGACUUCUUACCAACGAGUCAAAGUUCUCAACAGAAUCGACACAAAAUUACAUCCUCAAAGCGACAGCCCGAUACUCCCCCAACAAAGUCCACCAACUGCGACGAUGACGACGACUUUCAAAUCCAAUCCACCCCACCACACCUGCGUCCGGCAUCGAAAAGUGCGGCCACAAGCAAAGUGCCCCCACCACCAGAGGAUGACGCAUCCACGGAAGGGCAAGAGGACUCUGUCGGACCACACAGCGACCCAUCAUCUCCUCUGCCUGAUCGCAGACGGCAGCCUGAAACCAAGCCCAAUAACUCCCGGCUAGGAGCCAUCGGAGGCAGAAAGCACCCGGCAUCACCUCGGCAGCCGUCACCGCCGCCCAAAAGCAGGACCGUGAAGCCGCCGGAGAAUGACGAAGAGACAGCUUCUGAGGCAUCAGAUGACGAUGCCACGGCUUCAUUGCCUGCGUCACCACCUGUUCCACCUCCUCAGAAGGACGCCCCCAAAAAAGGAGGCCUUGGCAGAAUAGGGGUUGGAGCCUCAAAUGCAGAAUCUGUUGAAAAGGAUAAAACAGCAAACGGAAAUUCACCUGCAAAGGCUAGGGAGACAAACUCCAAGAAACUGGGCACCAUUGGUGGCAAGGCAUCUAAGCCAUUGAAGCAAGAAGACGAGGAUACCAGUCGCGGCCGUCCGGCGACCAGGAGAACCAUCUCACCAGCAGCAGAACAGCCCCGGGAAACCUCAGAGGAACGAGCAGACCGCAAAAGGGAUGAACUCAAACGAGAACUUGAAAGGAAAGCUGCUGCCGGGCCCGCGAAGAAGAAGAGGCGAUUCUAG